AUGACGGGAGCCAGAGAGCUACCAGUCAUUAUCGUCACCCCCCCUCCAGAGGACGGGCCGACGUCAACCGUCAGCAUCCUGACGACACGGCACUGGGGGCUCUGGGCCAAGGGAGCCCUGCGUAAGUUGGACCGAACAAACGCAGAGGGGCAGAAUUACUUGACCGAGGCCGACGACGACACCGAGCUGGUCGACUUGUUGCCAGUGCGAGAGCCAACUGCAGGUCAGUUAUCUACCAACCCAACUGAUAUGCAUUUCACUGAAGGAAGACAUAGACAAGUUGAAGCCCACAAUCGACAUGUUGCAGCGACUCCUGCUAACAGACAAAACGCCAACAAAAGCCACCAAGACACAAACAAGCCAGGACAUGGAACUGAAGAAGCUGCGGACAAGCAAUUCGUCAACAUCGGCGUCAGCGCGGCAGUCACAGAAUCAGACAGACUGAUAUUCUGCAAGGGGCAUUUGGCGGUCUUGGAAUCAAUAAAGUUUCGCGGCGAGAUGAUGCGGGCAUUUGAGCAUGAGUGCAAGGUGCCCUGGUUCAAUGCAGUCGAGUUUGAAGACGACCCUAUCCCACUUCUUCCACCGACAAAGCAUAUUCGAACGAAAGCAUUGGAGCUAUUGAAGGAUUUCACCGAGAAUCCAGUUCAACAUAUCGAAGACCUCCUUGAAUCAGGAGGACAACACGAUGCAGAAAUUGGUGGUAGGCCCCUGUUUGAGGCUGUUGUGCUGGAUGACUGGAAAGAAGAGAGCUGUCAGACAUGGGAGAGGAUAUACGAAGAGGGAGACCAAGAGGAGUCGGAUGAUGGAAGUUGGACUCUGCGCUGUUGA